AUGCAACAGCAUCAAGACAAUUCAAUACAUUCGCCUGAUGGUUGUGUACCCGGAGAUAAAUCACGUGACAAGUAUGUUGGCGAUGGAGUAAUUACAGACGGGGAAGCAGAAGAAGAAGAGGGGGAAGAAGGUUUUGGCAAUACACUCACGAAUAUGACCACGACUACUACCACUCGUAAUCAUGAAGAACAACAACACCAACAACAAAAACUCCACAAAGAAGAUGGAAUGAAUUCAAAUGAUGUCGCUUCUGAUUUCAAUACAAUUCCUCUUCCAUCAGCAAUCAAUAAUUCUCCUUCUAAUUUAAAUGAAAUUCUCUAUGGUCCUGAAACUGUUCAAAUGGAAUUGUUAUUACGUGUUGCUGACUUACAGACACGUUUGUCUACAAUGGAAUUGUUUGCUAGUCAGCAUCAUUUCAUACCAGAAUCAGAUUUAGCUAGCCUGCAAUUGGAUUAUGGAACGUUGAGAAAUUUUUAUGAUUCAGCUAAAAUUCAUUGGGGUAAAGACCCCCAAUUCGAUGCUAAUGAAGUGCUGAUAAGUGAAUUGAAUCAUAUGGCUGACCAAUUAGACAAACUGGUCGGUUAUACACUGAACACGAAUGAGACGCGGUCAUUACAAUCAUCCUCGACUUCUUCAUCACCUGCACCACAUACUGCAGUACCACAACCAGCACCACGACCAUCUUCAAACUCUGUGUCAGUAUCUGAUCUUCCUGCUUCUUGUUGGAAAGAUUUAAAUAUUUUUAAACUUUCUGAUCAUACAUCAUCAAGUGAACAGAAACCUGUGAAAAAUACCACAGAUAGUGGUGUCCUGUCAUCUCCAUCUUCUUUACCACGAUCAGAUCAUGGUCGAUUAUCUUCUAUAUCGCCUUUACAAUCACCAAUUGCUGAAGAUUCAUUAUCGGAACUUGAAAGUGUAUACUUUGAAUUAAUGCAACAUUAUAACAAAAUAAAAGAAAUGCCUAUGACUCCAGUACGUGCUGAACAAUUGUACAAUUUAAUGAAGCGUCUCUAUGAUUUAGCGUUGACCGCUGAAAACCGUUCAAGUAUUAUUGCAUCACCGGAAGAAUUGGAGCGUAUUUUCCAAUUAGAUGGUGAUACAAGAAAAUUAAGUGAAAAUUUAGAACGUGCUAUUGCCUUACAAAAACAGCUGUCGAAUUAUCAGAAUUCUCCCCCUAAUUCUGAAUCGAAUUCUAUAUCAUCACAUGAAGAGACCAAUCUACACAAAGAUAAUAGUACGAAUAAAUUGUCUUCAGUUUCAUUAGCAUCCUAUGCAAGAAAAGGUGGAUCACAAAAUAUUAAAAAAAGCACUAUUCAUUCACAGUCUGUCACUUCACAUGAUUCGUCUUCAUCAAAUCAAGAUAGUGGCUUGUCUACACCACCAGAAAGUUCUGAUGGUAUGAAACGGCUACCUAAUCAAUUGAAUAGUUAUGACAACCCUCAUUAUCACCAACAUCCUCAUCCUCGUCAAUCAUCAUUAUCACUUCAUAAAACACCUACCAAUCAAACAACACCUAUCAAUCAUCAUCAUAAUAAUUCACAAACAGACAAUUCUUACAGUAGCCAAAAGCAUGAGCACUCGGAUAGUGGUUUCGCCUUGUGUCCGCAACCAGUUCAACCGAGAAGAAGAACAAGAAAAUCUAAUGGCACUGAACACCAAAAAGGUUAUCACAAUCAGUCGAAUCAUUCAGAUGGGCAGCAAGAUAUGCCGAAGAGAAAUUCGCCAACUUCAUAUUCUCAAACAGAUUCUUAUAGUCAGACUACUAAACAACGAAUUGAUGCUUUGGAGGAUGGUGUUCGUAUGCUGAAAGAAAAUCUUGGCAAUCUUUAUUUAAGAUCUGAAAAUUGUACACCAACUUCAAAAAUAGAAAAUAUAAAGUCAACUUGUCCACAAAAUGUACAACAAUCCCCUCUGUAUACCAUGAAUCCACAUAAUUCCUUACCUCUUUCAGGUAUAAAUAAUAAUAAUUCAGAAGUGAUUGCUUUUCCACAAUUCUCAUCUAGUAUUCCUUACAUGGGCAGUAGUAAUGGUAGUAAUGGUCAGUUUUUAUCCCCUGGACAAUUGAAUUCAUCAGCAUCAUCGUCAUCAUCCACUCACCAUCCACCAUAUACUGAUACAUCAAAUGCACCAAUAUUAAAAUUACAAUUAACUGGACAACCAAACUGUAAUCCUCGCUUACAACAGGAUGUUUGUGAAAACAGUAAUAUUAUUAACAGUAAUGCGAAUGCUAAUCAAAGUUCAAAUCGGCAAAUUAGUGUUAAUCGACCCUGUCGAACAUAUCAUCGAACAGCGGAUAAAAGAUUAAUAUGCACCCAACAAAAUGAUACCAGUUAUUCAUCAUCGUCUACUUCUAAUCCACAAAAUACUGGAAAACAAUACAUGACACUGAAGCCGAAUCGGUCUACAAUUCAUGAUUCAUCUAAUGGUGCUUGUAAAGUAUCUCAGUAUUCUGCAAAUAAAAGAGAUUUAAGUUGUUCAAGACCAACUGAUCAACACCAUCGUCAUCGUCGUCAUUCACAAUUCAAUAAAGUAGCAGAUAAUGGUAUAGGUCGUUCAACUAAAUACUAUUCUACACAUCAGUUGAACAGCCGAUCACGUGACAGUAGUACAUCAUCAGUCAGCAGUGAUCACUCCUCAGAAGAUUCACCUACACUAGCAUCACAUUCUUCUUCAACAGGUGAAUGUUCAAGCUCCCUUGAUGAUAAUUCUGAUUUACACCGUUCUUCAAGAUAUAAGGUGAAGAAUAGACCAUCACUUCCUGUGUCCCGAACAUAUCGUGAUCCACUACCAGAUUCUCCUGUUCCAAAAUCAAUCUUACGAGAUGAUAGAUUCAAACAACAGAGGAAUUCUCAUCGAUCAGCAAGUCUUUGUAAACCUGUCUCACAUCGUACCCCACUUCGUACUGUAACAAACAUUCAAGAUAAUUAUGGCUCGUUAAAUCAUUUGAAUUCUGUCCCCUUAAAUCAGACCACUCCUGUUACCAGUACGCCUAAUUCCAAGCCUGUACAUAAUCUAAUGAAUACAUUUGGCGGAUCAGUACCUGUUGUAGGUAAUCCUGAUGCAUCAGGUGAAUCUGUUUAUUAUCCUCCCUAUCCAGUAAGACAACAAUCAUCGCGUAUAUACACUGCUUUCGAAAGUAUUCACAGGAGACCAUCAGUUCCAAUUCAACCGUCUGUAUAUUUUUAUCCGUCUACGGAAAGAAUUCUUUAUUCCCAUCCUGUUCAUCAAACCGUAGCAUCUGAACAAUGUCAUGAUGGUGGUGUAUAUUCUCCUCGGAUACCCACGAAUUUAAGUAACAAUUGUGUUGUUACCAGUCCAAAGCCAAUGACAUGUGGUGCAUGCGGUGGAAGUGGACAAAUAUUAGGCGGGUAUAAUGCUGGUGGGGGAAAUCUUCCAAAUAGUCGGUUCAUUGAACCUCCACUUAUUCGUCCAAAUAUUGGUUUAAGUCCGUUGUAUCGUAAAACUCUAUCCUCAGCCAGAAGAAAAGAAUCUCGAGCACGUCCUUUAAGAGCUACACAUCCCUGUGAUAUAUCUUUUAUACAAUCUCCUUCAUCAAACUUAUUUGAAAAUGAAAAUAUUUGUAGAAAUUGUAAUACAAAUUCUACAGUUAAUCCAUCUACACAUUAUCAUGAACCUGGACGAAUGGAUUAUUCUACACGAUUUGGAUCACUUACUCAUGUUAACAAACGAUCUCAUUCGAAAUCAUUGACUCAUCGAAAGUAUUCUCACCUCAUGAAUCAUAAUAGUAAUAAUCAAAAUCUUCUUAAUGCAAAUUCUUCUGAAGACAGUGGUGGUUCAGGCACAACGUCUGGUGAAAAGUCAUGCUGUCGGAAACAGAACAGUCGAGUCAAUGAUAAUCAUUUGAAUUCUAGAGAACAUUAUUCAAAUCGUUGUGGAACACCGACAUCUGGUGGUAAUGCUCGUGGUGGCGGUGGUGCUGGUGGUACGGGUAUCCCAUUAUUAUCCUCUUCAACAAAUUUACAAGAAAUCCUAAAAGCAGUUUCAUCCACUAGUCGGUUAGCUCAAAAGCUUCGAUGUAGUCUAGAAGAUUUAUGCAGCAGACCGAAUUAAAACCUCCCCGGGGUUAGGUUGGGAGGAGAUAGGGGUGGGUGGGGUGGAAUCCUGUUCACUUCACACGCAUAUAUGCUUCCAGGCAUAUAUAUAUGCAUAUACAUAUAUAAAUUCUGUAUAGUUGUUACUUUGUUUUAUUUUCUAUCAAAUAUUUAAGCAUAUCUUAUUUGUUUUUUUUGUUUUUUUAUUAUUACACUUGUUAUUCUUUAUUUAUAUUUUUAUUUAUAUGACACAUGUUACAAUCAUGUUUAUCUAACGAUAAGGUGGAGGGGGGAUGACUAGGUGUUGACGUAUUGUUCAACUGUUUUCUUUAAUGCUUGUCUAUGCGAGUGUAUACAUUGUUGUUGUUGUUCUCGGGAUAUCUCUUAUUGCCUGGAGAUUCCUUCCCCUCACUCUCUCCUCGUCCUCCGUAUGUUUCUUUCUGGCAAACAGACUAACUCUCUUUAUAAUUAGGUAAUAUUUUAUGUGAUCUUAUUUCUGAUUUAUCAUUUUAUUAAAGAAACAUAACAAGUUUAGCCUAAUAUUAUUUAAGUAUUUUUUUCAUAUGUAGACAAAGCCACUUAGCUUUUCUUUUUUACUCC